UGCUGCCUCCUUGCAGGAGCGAAAGUUCGGCGGCAGCUGCAGGAGCAGAGUAGCCGAGGGAGCCCCGCCCGCCAUCUGCAGGGCUGCCAGGGGUCCCUUGACUGUGAAUGACAGAUUGAAGAGUUGCCAUGUGGAUCUACAGUUCACAAUGUGAGAAGCAUUACACAUUCAAUUCUGUGGCUGGAAUCCUCAAAUCUUCCACUUCAUUGUCUCUUGGAGCAUAACCAGAGUCCUAAACAGCCAGAGAGAACUCAUUAGGGAUUGGACUACCACGACAGCCUUCUAUUGCUGAACCAUAAAAAGUGGAGAGAAAAGACUCUUUUUUUUCCAUUGCGAAGAGAGACGCCAAGAUCAUUUUUUAACCAGCGAAGGCCUUACGUAGCACUCAUUCUUGCAGAUCCCCCUCAACGUCGGCAUAUCAUGAAGGCUGUGAUGGGAACAGAUGGGUUCCAUCUGACUGAUUGUCUCUGCCUAGAAGAUCUUCCCUUGGAGGCAGGGGAGUGGUCUCGUGUGAUGGCUGAUUUCCGAAGGCAGGCCAUGUUCUAGAAGUUAAUGGAUGAAAUCAUUUCGGGGGACUUGGGAAGCGCUGUGGUCUAACCAGGAAAGCCCUGGUGUGGGGCCUUCCUGGUGCCCUGGGAUGUUGCAUGAACUGGACGCAUGGUCCGCCCCUGAGUGACAAUGGUCCGCCGCGGGCUGCUGGGGUGGAUUUCUCGGGUAGUGAUUCUGCUGGUGCUGCUCUGCUGUGCCAUCUCUGUCCUCUACAUGUUAGCCUGCACCCCAAAAGGCGACCAGGAGCAGCUGGGACUGCCACGGGCCAAUGGCCCCACGGGCAAAGACGGCUAUCAAGCGGUGCUGCAGGAGCGGGAGGAGCAGCAUCGCAACUACGUCAACAGCCUUAAGCGACAGAUCGCACAGCUCAAGGAUGAACUGCAGGCACGCAGUGAACAGUUCCGCAGUGGGCAGGACCAGGCCAGCGAUGCCACCGGCCUGCGCGCAGGCUGGGACCCUGAGCCCAAAGCCCAGGCCGACCUGUUGGCCUUUCUGCGUGGGCAGGUGGACAAGGCCGAGGUACAUGCAGGGGUCAAGCUGGCCACCGAGUAUGCUGCCGUGCCGUUCGAUAGCUUCACCCUGCAGAAAGUGUACCAGCUGGAGACUGGCCUGACGCGCCACCCGGAGGAGAAGCCAGUGAGGAGGGACAAGCGUGAUGAGCUGGUGGAGGCGAUCGAAUCAGCCCUGGAGAGUCUGAACAGCCCUGGGGAGAGCAGCCCACACCAGCGUCCUUACACAGCUGCAGACUUCAUAGAAGGGAUCUACCGAACAGAAAGGGAUAAAGGCACUUUGUAUGAGCUCACCUUCAAAGGGGGACACAAGCAUGAAUUCCAACGACUUGUCCUCUUUCGACCCUUUGGCCCCAUCCUGAGAGUGAAAAAGGAAAACCUCAACAUGGCCGAUACGCUCAUCAACAUUAUCGUGCCCCUGGCGAAGAGGGCGGACAAGUUUCGGCACUUCAUGCAGAACUUCAGGGAGAUGUGUAUCCAACAGGAUGGGAGAGUUCAUCUCACCGUUGUUUACUUUGGGAAAGAAGAAAUGAAUGAAGUCAAAGGAAUACUUGAAAACACUUCCAAAGCUGCCAAUUUCGGGAACUUCACCUUCAUCCAGCUGAAUGGAGAAUUCUCCCGGGGGAAGGGGCUGGACGUCGGAGCCCGCUUCUGGCGGGGCAGCAAUGUCCUGCUCUUUUUCUGUGACGUGGACAUCUACUUCACCUCUGAGUUCCUCAACACGUGUCGGCUGAACACCCAGCCAGGGAAGAAGGUAUUUUAUCCAGUUCUUUUCAGUCAGUACAACCCUGGCAUAAUCUAUGGCCAUCAUGAUGCAGUUCCUCCCCUAGAACAGCAGCUGGUCAUAAAGAAGGAAACUGGGUUUUGGAGGGACUUUGGAUUUGGGAUGACCUGUCAGUACCGGUCAGACUUCAUCAACAUAGGUGGAUUUGACCUGGAUAUCAAAGGCUGGGGUGGUGAAGAUGUGCACCUGUACCGGAAAUAUCUCCACAGCAACCUCAUAGUGGUGCGCACGCCCGUGCGGGGACUGUUCCACCUUUGGCACGAGAAGCACUGUAUGGAUGAACUGACUCCUGAGCAGUACAAGAUGUGCAUGCAAUCCAAGGCUAUGAAUGAGGCAUCCCACGGGCAGCUGGGGAUGCUUGUCUUCCGGCAUGAAAUAGAGGCUCACCUUCGCAAACAGAAGCAGAGAGCAAGCAGUAAAAAGACGUGAUCUCCCAGGAACAGAUCAAUGGACACAGUUAAAUCUUUUGCCUUUGGCAGUUCCUGAAAAAGUAGAUACAACAAGGUAUAGACUUCCACAAAGGGCAACCCAGAAUCUGACUGAUGAGGAACAGAAAUGAAAGGAGAGAGGCUCUGGUUUCUGUUGGCUCUGUGUAAGGUGACUGUGGCUGUGUUUACAGCAAAACGAUCUCUCCUGCCCCUGCUUGCUGAAAUAUUCACAACCUCAGACCAGUUUUGUAAAAAGUUUACGAGAAUGAGACGGAAGCACACUGGCUUCUCUUCUUAGACCUGGUUACAUCAAAGGGCUCUGGUACCCAGGACUACCAAAGUCUCAGAGAAGGCAGAGGACUGUGUGAAAUGUGGAAAUCUGACAUCAGCGUCCUGCGGGAGACAGCAAAAUCAAAGGGACCUGGAAGCAAACCAUGGCAAUACUGUCAUCCCCCCAGUAUUAACCAAAAAGUAACCCUGUCUUCUCUGUUAUCUUUUAGUCAUCUCUAUUCUAAAAAUGCACUUUUUUUUUUGCUUGUGAGUAUUAUGCUUAUUUAACAACCUACUGCAAGCCUUAGUAGGAGCACAUUGUAAUAUAUACACUUUUUUGACUCUUAAGAUUUUUUAUUUUUUGUUGUUCUUGUUGGUUUGUUUACUUGAGAGAGUCUUGACACAGAGCCUGAGCUAGCCUUGAAAACAUGAUCCUCCUGCCUCAGCAGCAUGCGUGCUGAGAUUACAGGCAUGCACCACCACGGCUGCCAAGAGGACAUCUCCAGAUGUGUGUGGUGAGCCCCUUCAGGUGCAAGAUCUGGGAGCAGAUCUGAGGACUCGCCAAACUCAGACACCAGCAGGCUACAUGUGGGACUGCAGAGAGAAAGGGAUCUGGAAGCUAUCUAAGUCUGUCUGGAGAAAGGAGAAGACACCUUUACCUUUAUAAAAAAGGGCACUAGUAAGACCUUGGUGUGUUUGCUAGGGAACAUGCUUUCUCCUCUGGAGAAAUGGGGACCACUUUCUUACCUGUUUGAAUAAACCAAAGUUAUGAACCAAACAAUCGCUUUUCAAAGCAGGGUGCUCUUCCUGGUCUCUGGCUUCCAUGAGAAGAAAAUGCAGGAAAUAUAUACACGUAUUUUGGAAGACCGAUCCAUCAGUCCAGCGAGAUGGAAGGUUCUGCCACAUUUUCACUCACUCCCAGCUAUGGGGAAGAAACUUAUUUCUAAAAUAAGCAAUGUUACUUGGUUGCCAAGAAGCUCCUGAAGUUUGCAUUUUCUUACAACUUCAAACUUUAAAAAAAAAAUAAAUAUGGUUAACAGUGAGUGGUUUCUACAUCCAUGUGCAAGUUAUUGAUUUAUUAGCCAGCACCAGAUGCAUGAGCUAAUUACCUCUCCUGUCUCCGUGCCUUCUGUUUGCCCACAGUGAACUCAUUGUUUAACUGCUUUAAGAACACUCAAGCUGUGUGUUUAAAAAAAAAAAAGCAUUGUAUUGAUUUGUACUGGUGGUUUAUAAAAUUUAAUUAAAACACAAGAUGUGAAUGAAAGGUGGCAUCGCACAGCCAAUAAAAUUUGUGAGUUUGA